GGGCAACUGGUAGUUCGAGCAGAGUUCCUUCCAGCGAACAGCGGAAACAUAAGCUCCUUGCAGCUGCUCAUUCGUUGGCUGAGAGCUGGGGCCAGAUCCAGUCUUUGAGCGAGAAUAAUCUACCCACCAGACCAAGCUGUGCUCAGGGCCUGGCUGCUCCUGUAGGGAACCGGCCCAAACGCUGGGCAUGGCUGUGAGGACUCUCUAGCCACAGCGGCUCGUGCAGGGAGCUCUGGGGAUUGCCAUCCUAGGCUUGGUUUGGAGGGGUGGCCAUCUGCCCUGAAGGAGCCGGGAGAGCUGCCUCCGCCCAGCCUGCCAGCCCUGUCACCAGCUCAAGUCUCCUCUCCAGCUGAUCCCUGGGUCACAUGCUGGAGCUCUGCCGCUCUCUCAGCCCUGAUCCCCUUCAGGCACCAGUCACAGCAGUUCAGCCAUGGCCAAGGCAGCUCCACGCACCGUGCUCAUCACCGGCUGCUCCUCGGGCAUCGGGCUGCGCAUGGCUGUGCAGCUGGCGCAGGAUCCCGGCAGGCGAUUUCACGUCAUUGCCACCAUGCGGGACCUGCGCAAGAAGGACAAGCUGGAGGCAGCUGCGGGGGACACCCUCAACAAGACCCUGAGCAUCCAGCGCCUCGAUGUCUGCAGUGACGAGUCUGUGACUGAGUGCAUGAACAGUCUUCCCGAGAAACGGCUGGACGUUCUGGUGAACAAUGCUGGUGUCGGGCUCGUGGGCCCUGUGGAGUCCAUCUCUAUUGAUGAUAUGAAGCGCGUCUUUGAGACCAACUUCUUUGGUGCCAUCCGCAUGAUCAAAGCUGUUCUCCCCCAGAUGAAGCAGCGGCAGAGCGGGCAAAUUGUAGUCAUCAGUAGUGUCAUGGGAAUGCAAGGUGUACCCUUCAAUGAUGUCUACGCUGCCUCCAAGUUUGCCAUGGAAGGUUUCUGUGAGAGCCUAGCUGUGCAGCUCCUCAAAUUCAAUAUUUUCAUCUCUCUGGUGGAGCCUGGCCCAGUGAACACAGAAUUUGAGAUGAAGCUAAUGGAGGAGGUGGCACGUUCUGAGUUCCCAGGAGCCGACCCUGCUACAGUGCGCUAUUUCAAGGAGAUCUAUCUGCCAGCUUCACAUGAGAUAUUUACCACCAUGGGCCAGACCCCUGAGUCUGUGGCUAAGGCUGUUGUGAAUGUAAUCAGUAAAGAGCGCCCUCCAUUCCGGACGCAGACCAACACACUCUACACACCGCUGGUGGCCCUGAAGUAUGCAGACACUUCAGGGGAUCUCUCCGUUGGCACCUAUUACAACCUGCUCUUCCGCUUCACGGGCCUUUUCCACCUCAGCAUGAGCUUCCUCAAAUGCAUCACAUGCAGCUGCUUCCGGCGCAGGGUCACCCCUGCCUAAAGCAGAGGGCCCGGUAGCAGUGUGGCCUCCCCCUUCCACCCUGCCUUGCUACGCUGCUUUGGAAUCCAAGAUCCAGCUAGAAGAAUCUGACAUAUUUGCUACAGAUCAGCCCACCUUGGUUCUAAAGCUACUGGGUUCUGGUGACCUCAAAGGUGAGGGGCACGAUUCAAGCAAUGAGUUCAGACAGCAGGGGUGGGGCACAAUCCUAUCCCUUUGUGAGAUCAUGGCCUUACACUAUGUAGAAACAUCUGUCCAGAGCAUGGGUGGGGGGGAGGGCAUAGGAAGCUGCCUUAUGCUGAGUCCAUCUCACUCAGUCUGAACUGACUGGCAGCGGCUCAGUUUCAGCUAGGGGUCUUUCCAAGGGCUACAUGGAAGAACCAGGAGCUGAAUCCAGGACCUUCUGCAUGUAAAACACAUGCUCUGUCCCUGGGUUAUGGCUCAUAAUAGAGAGCACAAAGGAAGGAAGGCCCUACAGAAUGGUGGCAGAGGACACUUUCCUUUUAUGGACUGUCAAACCUGCCUCACACAUUUCAGAAAUCAGGGGUGCAGACAUAUCAAGUGGGAUAUUUGAUCAUCAAGUGGGAAAGCUUGAUAUAUAAAAAAAUCUCUAUAAAACUGGCUAAAUACUGGCUUUUGCCUGAUUGCAAGCUCACCUCACCUAGGCUGAGCUUCUUUUAUGUCCUAGAAUGCUCAUGAACAUUCCAACUUUGGAGGAAGAAAGUUAAAUGUUAAGACUGGAGGCAAAAAAUCUGCAGGAAAUCUGAGGGAAAUUAACAGAUUGUUUUGGCACAUUUAGAGAGCUUUCUCAAUCUCUAAAUAAUGUUGACAGAAAUGAAAACUCCAUUUGACUGUGUAAAAACCUCACAGAAAACUUUGAGCCAGGAAGAGAUGGGGAGACAGGGUACAUAGGAUGAUAGAAGAGUCUUGCUGGAUCAGGCCCAAGGUCUGUGUAAUCCCACAUCCUGUGCUCCACCGUGGCGAAGCGGAUGGGAAGCCCACAAGCAGGAGAUGAAGGCGGGCCCCUCCCGCGCUGUUGCUCUCCUGCUACUGGCAUUUGGAGGCCUCUGUACCUGGCGGUAUCACACAGCCAUCAAGACUAGCCAUGGAUAGACUUAUCCUCCAUGAUGAGGACCCAAGAGUGAGUAAUAGGGCACCUAGAGAGCAGUGCAACAGCAGCAGGGCUGAAAAGCAGCAGGGGAUGAAUGCCAAAGAGUAAGGAAGACUGAACGUCAGAUACGGGUUUGAAAUGAGUCAAAACUUUGGUUGUGACUCUGAGUCACAGUGUGCGUGCUCACAAGUUUUUUUUUAAUGUCUACUCGGUUAAUUUUAGAUCCUGCUCAGGUUGAAUCAGGAAGGCCCCAAUUUGAAUGCAUGUGUGCACACACUGCCUUGAUACUGCCGCUCAGAACAAAAUUCAUUCCGCACAUAGAUGGAAAAAAUUAGAGCGAAUACUGGUCACAAGUAAAGAGCAUGCUGGUGGAUUUAGGCCAAGAGAGAUCAAGACUGCCCCUCAGUGUCAGUUUAAGGAGUCAAAUGUGCAUUACUGGACUGACAUCGCCAGCAGCCCAGUGAACCCUCCCUCCCAUUAACCACAUGAACACACAAAGCUGCCUUGGACUGAGAGUCCAACUACUGGCCCACGUAGCCCAGUCUUGUCUACAUCACUGACUGGCAACAUCUCUCCAAGGUUUCCAAGAAGGUUCCUGCCCAGCCCAGCCUGGGACCUUCUGCAUGCAAAGCAUGUGCUCUGCCACUGAACUACAGACUCUCCCUUCACUGCUGAAGGUGCUUUCUGCAGGGUCAAACUAUCAGGCCAUCUAAUGCGGCACUGUCUGCUCUGACGGGCAGCGGCACUCUUGGGUCUCGGGGAGAGAUCUUUCCCAGCCCUCCUACCUGAGAGAGCCUCUUAGUUUGCUCUGGAACAAGAAGUGAAGAAGGGCCCUCCCCACCCCCACCUCCUUCUUCAGAUAGGCACGAGGGAGAGAGGAUAAAGGGAAAGCAAGCUGUCACCCAGCUGGUGGGUUCCCCCUGCCUCAGAACAUUUCCUCCCACUUGUUCAAUUAUAACUAGGCCCUCACCAGGAACUAAAUCAGAGGACUUUGGCCUGCAAAACAGGCAUUCUGCCUCUUGAGCUGUGGCUUCUCCCCAGCUUCAGGAGUUGCUUCAGCACAUAGGUCCCCUUGUGCACAGCAAUGCAUGGAACGGAAGCACACAGUCUUAAGGGGUGGAGGGGGGACUACACACCUGCCAGAAUGACUUAUGGAAGUCACUCUUUUUCAGACUGUCCCUUUCCAACUUCCGUACUAUAGGAUGGUUUCCUCCCUCUCCGUGCUAGCGCACUGCCCUUUGGUUCCACAACGCUAACUAGAACAAGGAAGACAAAGCCUAUGCAAUGACUUCCUUUAAGUUUCCCUGCAGCCCCCACAAAGCUCGUCAGUGCGCCCUCCACCAGUCUUGAGGCUCGAGCAUCUGCCCCACCUUGCCACCCUCUUUAGCCUCUGGCCAGGAAGUUAAUUGUCGUGACAAAGAACAGUUCCUACGGCAUGUUGGAUCCACAUGGAAUUUGCUUGCUGUGGCAGUUGUGCCCUCCAAUAAGACAGGUGUCCCUCGCCAGCCUUGCCCAUGCAUUUGGGGUCAUAGUGCCACAUUGCCUUCCCACCAAGAGAGGAAAGGCCCAUCCUGUAUACCUCGCACAUAUAAGGAAAAUCAGGAAUGAUGCUUUUGAGAUAGGGCCAGGAGAGUCAGCACUUGCCUGGUGUGCUGUUUUCUUGGAGAAGGCUGACUCAUUGCAGAGGAGGGGAUUAGCAGCUGUCUCUGAGCCAAACUUUUAGCUAGUAUCAGUGGUUCACAGUGAAGAGGCAUCGUUUCCAAAGAGAAAUGGCAUUGCCCAUUUAGGCUACUCUGCGCUUUUGUAGGAGUAUAGAUCUCAGUCCUGCACAAACAUUUGUGCUAGCAUAGCUUAUGUGGAGAGAGGGGAAGGGGCUACUUAGACUAAUAGCUUAAGCUUGCUAGUCAAAUCAUUUCCCCACUGUGCCAUUAGGUGGCAUUUAGGCACUGUCAAAAUCUGUGAAAGAAGGUAUAAACUUGGAAGAGGCUUUCCCCAUUCUGUCAGACAAGAGAGUGCCUCUUCUAAGCUGAUCUAAGCUCAGAGGGCAGGAACACCCAGUGAGGCAACAAUGCAGCUGCUCUCGCUCUCUCUGCUCUUCACUGUUGUGACUGGAGGGGCCCCUUUGGGCCCACUGGACAGUGGUGACAACGAGGAGGAGGAAGAGCCACUGCCAGGGCCGCCUCCUAUGGGCUCUUGUUCUUCUCCUAUGAGUGCCACCAAAGCAGCUCAGAGGGAGAGAGCUCCAGGGGACUCUGCUGACUGAGGAAGCCAUCUUGUCUUCUUCUGCACAUGUUAGAACAAGCACCCAAGGGUAAACAAAAUAGCAGCAUAUGGCUCCUACAUGCAGGGGCCAACACAUGCCCGACCAUGCCAACCCUUAACACAGGCCCUGUGUUCUCUAAAAACAAACAAUAUGGCUUCCCCCGCCCCUUUCAGAACUGCUAGAAACAUAGGAAGCUGCCGUAUACCGAGUCAGACCUUUGGUCCCUCUAACUUAGUUACAUAGACUGGCAGCGGCUUCUCCAAGGUUGCAAGCAGGAGUCUCUCUCAGACCUAUCCUGGUGAUGCCAGGGAGGAAAGUUAGAACCUUCUGCAUGAAAGCAUGCAGGUGCUCUUCCCAGAGCAGCCCCAUCCCCUAAGGGCAGGCCAGCUCAACUUUGCCCCCCCCAGUUGUUUUUGGACUACAGCUCCCAUAAUCCCCAGCUACAACGGCCAAUAGCCAGGGAUUAUGGGAGUUGUAGGCCAACAUAUGCAGCAGGGCUAAAGUUGAGCCGACCUGCCUAAGGGGCAUGUCUUACAGCAUUCAUAUGUAGUCUCCCAUUCAAAUGCAAAUCUGGAUGGGACCUGCUUAGCAAAGGGGACAAUUUAUGCUUGCUACCACAAGACCAGCUCUCCUCCUCCUAUAUCCCAUUGUAUAUGCAUAUGCAACUUUAUUCAGACGUGAACAGUUGAUUAAGACUUAUAUGAUUUCUUUAAUCAGAUAGCAGGUCUAGUGUCCACCUUUCCCCCCAAGAGGGUUCCUCUGCCUUUAAUAAUGAUAUUAAUGAUAUUAAUUAUAUUACUACUACUACUACUACUACUACAUUAUUGAUCGCUGAGUCACAAGUCAAAAUUGAACAGAUGAAACGUCUCCCAUCAGGCAGAUUCAGCGACACUAAAUCACCUGAUCAAUUUCUGCCUGUCACUCGCUAUUAAAGGCUCCAGAGCUCUCUUAGGAUAAAAGAAACACCAGAGCCACUCUAUGACGGAAGCAGGGCUCCUCCAACCUCCCUGCCCCGAAGCAAACACUUCAUCAAGGCAGAAAGUGGCCCUCUGAAUAGUAACAGUCUUCGCUUUGCUAGUUAUUUCUGACUGUAGUUUGGUCAUCAGAGUGCCAUUUGUUGUUUAAAUAAUAAAAAUCAAGCUUA